AUGCGCUUCCCGGCGAUUCAACCGGCGGCGGACCCUACAAACCAUCUCGGGAUCCAGACGACGCAAUCCGAGCAUCGACGAGCGGGGAGGGACGAGCUAGAGAAGCUAGUGCUCGAGAUCUCGCUACGAUGGUCCUCCCUGGUGCGCUCGAACUCCUCGCUCGGCGACCUGCUCGAGGACCCCAAACUGCCGCUCCCAAAGGGCGACAAGCGCAAGCUAUACGUGCAUACCCUGCCCGGCUCGGCCGAGAGUCUCGCCGCCAUCCGGACCAGACUCGGACAUGAAAACCCCUCCGGCGAACUCGAUAACCUCGAUAUCCGCGAACUGCCUCCCAAAAGGUUCUUCCCGAAUCUCGCUGACCAUGGAACUCUUUAUCUCCCUUACCCUUACGUCGUCCCCGGUGGCCGAUUUCAGGAGAUGUAUGCCUGGGAUUCCUUCUUUAUUGCGCUCGGAUUGCUGAGGGAUAACCAUGUGCGACUGGCGCGGAACAUGCUCGACAACUACAUCUACCAGAUCGAGCACUAUGGGACGAUUCUGAACGGGAACCGGACCUACUAUCUGACCCGCUCACAGCUGCCGUUCCUGACGCCACUGAUCAAGCUCGUCCUGCCGACGGUUGCCCCGAGCGUCCGGCAAGCCUGGCUCCGUAAGGCCCUUGCCGCCGCUGAGAAGUACCACCUCUACUGGACCUCCGGCUCCCAUCUCACUUCCGCCACCGGCCUCAGUCGGUUCUUCGACUUCGGGCCUCCCGGAAGCGCUCCCCCUGAAAUCAUUCAUGAAACCGACCCCAGAGAUGGAUCGUCCGCUCAUCACCGUGUCAAGAGCUUCUUCAGAGAACACUACCAUAAGGGGAUCCCGGACUAUGAUAUAUCCAAGUAUUACAACUACGAGACCGAUGAAUUGACGGCCAAGUUCAUGGAUAACGACCGAGCGAUGCGGGAGUCAGGGUUCGACACCUCGAGUCGGUUCGGGCCGUUCAACUCGAAGAUCCUAGACUUCAACCCGGUGUGCCUGAACUCAUUACUGUAUCUGAUGGAGAAGGAGAUUGGCGAGCUGUACGAGAAGCUAGAGCCCUGGAAACGGAUGAGUGAGGCAGGGCUGAGUCUGCGCAGAUCGGAGUGGAAAAGUCGGGCGACCAAGAGGCGGGCGUUGGUGCAGAGAUACAACUGGGACGAGACGCAGGGGCUGUUCUUCGAUUACGAUUUUGUCAAGCAGGCCCGCAGGGAGUAUGUUUUCGGGACGACCUUCCUGCCGCUGUGGACGGGCCUGGCAGACCCCGAGCAGGCGAGAAGGGUGGCCGAGAAGGGCGUAGCGGCUCUCGAGAUUCCGGGCGGCCUGUCGACCUCGGCGACCGUCGUGGGUGACCAGUGGGACAAGCCCUACGUCUGGGCCCCUCUCCAACUCUUCGCCGUCGACGGCCUCCGCAAGUACGGCUUCGACAUCCCGGCUGACAGACUCGCUGCCAACUUCGCGUCCAUGGUCCUCAAGACUUGGCGCUCCUCGGGCCAACUGUGGGAGAAGUAUGACGGCGUAAAACGCAACCAGUCUGUCGAACUCAAGUUCGGCUAUCCGACCAACGAGACCGGUUUCGGCUGGACCAACGCGUUGUUCACCCACUUCUAUGACCAUCUCAAGGCCGUCGGAAAGCUCGAUGACAUCCUCCUACUCGACGGCCUUCCCCUGCCUGGCCAAGACCAGAGUCUGGCCAUCAAUCCCUCAAAUGAAGCCGACCUAUCUGUUGAAGACAUCGAGGCCCACGAGUGGGUUGAAAUCGGCAUCGACCAUUCCCGGCCUUCCUGA